AUGGGAUCAACGUUUCCCGGUCAACCGUUAAUCGCAGAUUGCUCCAACAUGCAUGGUUACCGAGCACGACGGUUGACCAAAUGUCCACGCCUGUCUGUUCGCCACAGAGUAGCUCGUCUUCUUUGGGCUAUAGGGAGCACGUACAGAAGGCUUCAUCCAGGACAUUGGCAACAUGUGGUCUUCACGGACGAGAGCCAGCUAUUCAUCCUUGACCGAAAGGAUGGGAGACAACGAGUUCGUCGAUUAGCCGGGGAAAACCUUCGCGAAGAAUGUAUCCACGAGACGACUCAAGGCGGAGGCGGCUCAGUGAUGAUAUGGGCCGGCAUCCAUUAUGGAGGGAAAACGCCACUGGUGGUUCCGGACGGAAACGUCAACGCCGCCGCCUACAGGGAUAUCAGUCAGACCGCAGGUACUAUGCCAAUGAGCAAAAAGGCCAGAUUCAUCCAAAUCAUCUCGUGGCCGAAUCCUCCUCCUUGCAAAAUCUCGUGA